AAAUAAAACAUCAUCAUUUACAUGUCCACCCUUACCCUUGAUCAUAUCCCUUUUACCCCCAACGAAACACUAGCUUACUUCCCUUCCAUUUUAUGCUACCUCCUUUAAACAUGUUUUCCCCUAUUAACUACAGUUAACCGAACCCGAGCCGCCGGCGCCGAACUAUGGUUCAAUUCCACGAGCACAUAAUCAGCGAUCUCCUGGAGGAUCCCACCGGCGGCCUGGUGGUCCUCUCCGCUGGCCUCGGCCUCCCCAAGCUCGUCUCCUCCCUCCUCGGCCUCCACGACCCUUCCCAGGGCUCAGUUCUCAUCCUCAACGCCUCCCCUUCCCAGAAGAGCUCCAUCGACGCCGCCUCUCGGUUUGCCUCCAUCACCACCGACCUCCCCGCCCACCACCGCCUCUCGCUCUACACCUCCGGCGGGGUAUUCUUCAUCACCGCCCGCAUUCUCAUCGUCGAUUUGCUCACUCAGCGCCUCCCCACCACCUCAGUUGCCGGGAUUAUUCUCCUCAACGCCCAUUCGCUUUCGGAUACUUCGACUGAGGCUUUCAUCGUCCGGAUUAUUCGGUCGUCCAAUCAUUCCGUCUAUGUCCGAGCCUUCUCUGACCGGCCCCACGCCAUGGUUUCCGGAUUUGCGAAAGCAGAGCGGAUCCUCAAGUGCCUUUUUAUCCGUAGACUCCACCUCUGGCCUAGAUUUCAGGUGUAUGUUUCUCAGCAUUUGGAAAAGGAUCCUCCAGAGGUGAUUGACAUUCGGGUCCCAAUGUCACCAUACAUGGUUUGUAUUCAGAAAGCUGUGAUUGAAGUAAUGGAUGCGUGUUUAAAAGAGAUGAGGAAGACUAACAAGGUUGAUGUGGAGGAUUUGACAGUGGAGAAUGGACUGUUUAAGUCGUUUGACGAGAUUGUAAGGAGACAAUUGGAUCCUAUAUGGCAUACAUUAGGGAAGAGGACGAAGCAGCUUGUUUCAGAUUUGAAGUCAUUGCGAAAGCUGCUAGAUUAUCUUGCCAGAUAUGAUGCUGUGACUUAUCUGAAGUAUCUUGACUCGCUUAGAGCUUCAGAGAGCUUUCGAUCUGUUUGGAUCUUUGCAGAGUCUAGCUACAAGAUUUUUGAGUAUGCUAAGAAGCGAGUUUAUCAUUUUGGUCGGCCAAAUAGUGGAAAAUCUGUUGGGACGAGUAAAAGUGUUGUCGUCAGGAAGAGAAAACAAGAUGGAAAGAUCAAGGAUACAGAUGUCAGCAUUUCAGCUGCUGCAGCUACAAUAGUUCUCGACUUGCACUUAUCACCUGAAUAUGCAGAUUCUACAGCAACUGCAGAUGGUGGGGCUGUUUUGGAGGAAAUUUUGGAGGAACCACCAAAGUGGAAGGUCUUGCGAGAUAUUCUUGUGGAGAUACAAGAGUGGAGACAGAAACAAACAAUGGCCGGGGAAGAUGAAAUAGUUGGACAUGAAGGAGGUCCUAAUGGAAUUAUUCUUGUGGCUUGCAAGGAUGAACAUUCUUGCAUGCAACUUGAAGAUUGCAUUACAAAAGGCCAGCAUGAGGUAUUGCGAGAGGAAUGGGAAAAAUAUCUGCUAAGUAAAGUGGAGCUGAAAGCUUUACCAAAACAUAAGCAGAAGAAGCCAAAGGCACCUAAAGGUUUCGGGGUUCUUGAUGGGGUUAUCCCCUCCAUUUCUGGACAAAAAGCUGAUAUCAGCAGCAUAAACAAGCCCGAGAAUGAUGCGUUGUUGGCUGCAGCAUAUGAAAUAAGUAAACAAGCAAAAAGGGACAUUGAUAUGAAAGAUGGUGGAGCCAGUGAGGAACAUAAUAAAGGAAGGAGAAAUGGAAGAAAUAAGAACAAGCUAAAGAUUGUUGAGACUGACCCUGAAUCCGAAACUAGAUUUCGAUCUCAGACCUCUCCCUUAAAACAAGAGGAAAAAAUUGAUAAUCAAUCAAUGGCUGGUCCUAUUCUUGGCGACAAAAUUGAGAGUGAGUAUCUUGAUAGAAUUCUUCGAAAGCAUGUUCAAGGACCAGAUAAUGCAAGCCAGCUCCCACCAGUGAUUUUCCAUGCACUUGAGAGUGAUCAGAGUAUUCUUGAUAUUUUAGAGCCUUCUGUAAUUAUUGUGUACCAUCCUGACAUUGCUUUUGUGAGAGAAAUUGAAGUUUACAAAUCAGAGAAUCCCUUGAAGCCGUUGAAAGUAUACUUUCUAUUUUAUGAAGAUUCCACUGAGGUUCAAAAAUUUGAGGCUAGUAUACGUAGAGAAAAUGGAGCAUUUGAGUCUCUGAUCAGGCAGAAGUCUAUGAUGAUGAUACCAGUUACUCAGGUUGAUGCUUACGUUGAUUCUGUUAUAGUUUCUUGUUCUGUUUUUGUUGAUGAGCAGCUUCUAGGCAUAAGUUCUUCUGUAGAGCCACAAUCUACUGUUGCCCAAAAUAUGAUUACCAGAAAAGCUGGUGGAAAGAAGGGAGCAGAUAAGGAAAUGCAGAUCAUAGUAGACAUGAGGGAAUUCAUGAGCAGCCUUCCAAAUGUCCUCCACCAGAAAGGCUUACGCAUUAUACCUGUGACUUUGGAAGUGGGAGAUUACAUUCUAUCCCCAUUAAUAUGUGUCGAGCGUAAGAGUAUACAAGAUCUCUUUGGCAGUUUUUCAUCUGGUCGUUUAUAUCACCAGGUGGAGAUGAUGUCACGUUAUUAUCGAAUACCUGUUCUCCUGAUCGAGUUUUCACAAGACAAGAGCUUCUCAUUUCUGUCUGCAAGUGAGAUUGGCGAUGAUGUCACUCCAAAUAGUAUUAUAUCCAAGCUGUCACUUCUUGUUCUCCAUUUCCCUCGCCUGCGUAUUGUCUGGUCCCGCAGUUUGCAUGCCACUGCCAAAAUUUUCACGAUGCUCAAAGCAAACCAAGAUGAACCGCACGAGGCCAAGGCAAUUAGAAUUGGUGUCCCAUCAGAAGAUGGCAUUAUCGAGAAUGAUGUUAGAGCCGAAAAUUUCAAUACAUCAGCUGUUGAGUUCCUCAGACGACUGCCCGGGGUUACAGAUUCCAAUUACAGGUUGAUAAUGGAAGGUUGUAAAAGCUUGGCGGAACUUGUAAUGCUUCCAAUAGAGAAACUAGGAGAGCUGAUGGGGAGUCAGAAGGCAGCAAAAACCUUGAGAGAUUUUCUGGAUGCCAAGUAUCCAACCUUGCUUUAGAGCCAAAUUAUGCCAAGUAUGAGUUUUUGUAUCAUUUUUUUUUUAUUUUUAUUUUUUUAAUUUUCAACAUUCUUUUUUUCAUUGUUAGUGAUGUCUGUCACAUUUAUGUACAAACUAUUAUUUACAAGUAGAAUUAUCAUUUGGAGAUAUCAUGAACGAUUGAACCAUGUUUAAC